AUGGAGGGUAAGAAGACUAGAGGACGACAAAGUAUUCCAAUGAAAAAAAUAGAAAGUGAGGACGACCGCUAUGCGACAUUUUCAAAGCGUCGUUCGGGUAUAUAUAAAAAGGCUAGCGAACUUGUUAAGCUAUGCAAUAUUGAUAUUGGAAUUGUACUCUUUUCCCCUACAGGUAAGCCUUUUUCAUUUUUUCAUCCUACAUCCGAAGCGAUUAUUGAUCGUUUUUUAAAUCCUAAUACGCAACUAAGUGAAAGCACUCGCCUAGUUGCAGCUCAUGCACGAAACAAAGUGAAUCAACUCAACAAUAGGAGGGAAUUGUUUGACAACAUAAAAGAAGUUACAAGUGCUCAGUCUCUUUUACUUGACAACAUGAAAGAAAAUGGCCAAAGAUACCGGUGGGAAUCAAUUGAGCAGUUUAAUGCAGAUGAAGUAAAAAAAUAUGAAGCUUGGCUAAGUACAACUGUUUUUAAUCUGAAUAAUCGUUUGAAGCAUUUGAAAAAUGAGGCUUCAUCUUCGUCUUCUUCACAGGCUUAUCCAGAAAAUACAGAUAAUUAA